CAGCUUCACCAGGAGCCUCAGCAGCACCGGACAGCCAAGCACGAUGAAGCUUUCCAUGAUCGUCGUUUUCUGCUCCCUGGUCCUGGGCGUCAGCAGCCAAGGAUGGGGCACAUUCCUCAGGGAAGCUGGUCAAGGGGCCAAAGACAUGUGGAGAGCCUACUCUGACAUGAGAGAAGCCAAUUACAAAAAUGCAGACAAAUACUUCCAUGCCCGGGGGAACUAUGACGCUGCACGAAGGGGACCAGGGGGCGCCUGGGCUGCUAAAGUGAUCAGCGAUGCCAGAGAGGGUUCUCAGAGAAUCACUGACCUGUUUAAGUACGGAUCCAGUGGCCAUGGAACGAGGGACUCGAGGGCUGACCAGGAAGCCAACAGAUGGGGCCGGAGAGGCAACAACCCCAAUCGCUACAGACCUGCUGGCCUGCCCAAAAAGUACUGAUCUUCACUCUGCUCCCAGGAGAUGGGGCUGUGAGCCCCUGGGGUCAGGGACAGGAGUCAUUGACUUGUAUGUAC